AUGACAAGAAAGAAAGUGAAACUUGCUUACAUUGAAAAUGACUCUGCAAGAAAGGCAACAUACAAGAAGAGAAAGAGAGGGCUUAUGAAGAAAAUUAGUGAAUUGAGCAUUCUUUGUGGGAUUGAGGCUUGUGCAAUCAUCUUUAGUCCCUAUGAUUCUCAGCCUGAGCUCUGGCCUUCCCCCAUUGGAGUCCAACGUGUUCUCUCUCAAUUUAAAAGGAUGCCCGAGAUGGAACAGAGCAAGAAGAUGGUGAACCAAGAGACGUUUCUACGACAAAGAAUUGCAAAGGCAAACGAGCAGUUGAAGAAGUUGAGAAAGGACAAUCGAGAGAAAGAGAUCACACGACUCAUGUUCCAAUGCCUCACUGCUACAAAAGAGUUGCAUGGCAUCAACAUGCAUGAUUUGAAUGACCUCGGUUGGCUCGUCGAUCAGAAUCUUAAAGAGAUUGCUACACGCAUUGAGUCUCUUAAAAAGCCUUCCAUGGAGCUUCAGCUUCGGUCUCAGCCUCAGCCUCAACCUCAGCCUCCGUCUCAACCGUCGACCCAGCCGCAAACUGCGGCGUGGCUGAUGGAGCUUGAGAGCCCUCAGGAUCAAAUGCGGUUUGUAGGGGAUGAUAUGCUUUUGCCUUUUGGGGAUCAAACUUAUAACUACGAUAAUGCAAUGUGGUCCAAUGCCUUUUUCCCUUAG